UCCCGUCUUUCCUUUUCUCUCCUUUCCUUCUCUCUCUUUCUCUCUCUCUCUUCCGGGCUUCGAGGACGAGCCAAACCCUAGCUGCAUCGCCGCCAAAUGUCGGCCAUGGACGAUGAGAAGGGCCCUCAGGAGGAGACCCCGGAGAAUGUAGCCAAAGGUGAGCUUUUGUACUGUGGUGGCACCAGCUGGGACUCAAUGGGCCGCAAGACUUCCGCUCCGGCUGGGAUGAAUUUGGUCUCUCCCACACGCCUCCGCCCUCUCAUCGGUGUUGACAUACGUUUCGUCGCCUCUGGCUGUACUUCUUGCCACUGUGUGGCUCUGGAUGUGGAGGGCCGCUGCUAUACUUGGGGAAGGAAUGAGAAAGGGCAAUUGGGACAUGGGGACACACGCCAACGCAGCUUGCCAACAAUUGUUUCUCAAUUAUCAAAAUACCAAAUUGUUACAGCCGGUGCUGGGAGGAACCAUACUGUUGUGGUGACUGAUGAUGGGAAAUCCUACUCCUUUGGUUGGAAUAAACAUGGACAACUGGGGUCAGGCUCUUUAAGGAAUGAGAUUGAGCCAUCUCCAGUAUUAUGCCAGGUGCCUCAAGUAACUAAUGCCGUUUGUGGUGCUGAUUUCACUGUAUGGUUAUCAUCAGUAGAAGGCUCUUCAAUAUUAACUGCAGGUCUUCCACAGUAUGGACAACUUGGGCAUGGGACUGACAAUGAGUAUAAUGUUAAAGAUGGUUCAGUGAAGCUAGCUUACGAAGCUCAGCCCCGUCCACGUGCAAUAGCUGCAUUUUUCGAAAAAAUUGUUGUCAAAGUUGCUUGUGGGACAAAUCAUACAGUUGCUGUGGAUUCAAGUGGCUUUGUUUACACGUGGGGGUUUGGAGGUUAUGGAAGGCUUGGCCAUAGAGAGCAGAAGGAUGAAUGGGUUCCCCGUCUUGUUGAAGUCUUCCAAAAAAGAAAUGUCCUACCACCUAAUGCUGUUGUCUCUGCUGGUUCUGUUAAUUCUGCUUGCACUGCUGGAGGAGGGCAAUUAUACAUGUGGGGAAAGCUAAAGACUACAGGUGAUGAUUGGAUGUAUCCUAAGCCAGUCAUGGAUUUGAGUGGCUGGAACAUUCGUUGCAUGGAUUCAGGUAACAUGCAUCAUGUAAUUGGUGCUGAUGAUGCAUGUAUAAGUUGGGGACAUGCUCAAUAUGGGGAGCUUGGUUAUGGCCCUCUUGGACCAAAGUCCUCUGCUAACCCAAAAAAAGUAGAAAUACUGGAUCACAUGCAUGUCAUGAGUGUGGCCUGUGGUUUGGGGCUCUCGGUGAUCGUUGUAGAUAGAGCAAAAGCUAGUGAUAGACUUGAACAGUUGGAAAUAUACGAAUGUGAUGCUGCAGUUCAAGGAGAUGAAGGACAAGAUGAAGUGGUAGCUACUGAGAAGAAAACUUCCAGAAAAGCGGCGGGCAAUUCUUCAACAAAUUCAAAGAAAAGAAAGAACAAGGAUUCGUCAUCAGAGUCUGAAGAAGUGGAAGAUGAAUAUGAAGAUAGCGAAGAAGAAUCGAAUGAGGACAGUGACGAUGAAAAUGGUGACCUUAACACCGCAAGCCGUAAGGGCGGUGGCAAGUCUUCUGGUAGAGGCCGAGGCAGGGGUGCAAAAAAAACAGCUACUGAAACAAAGAACACGGGGAAAGGACGGGGCCGACCGAAGAAAACUGACAAAAGCCUUGCUCAACAUGAGGCUGCAAAUACGAGCUCAGGUCGACGUGGGCGAGGAAGACCUAGGAAGAGUAAUAGAUAAUGAUUUUUUAUUUGCGGAUUUUGUUUUAGUUAAAAAGAUUGAUUGAGCAAAGCUAAAUAUGCUUUCAAUUGGGAGUUUUUCAAUUGAAAUUCAUUUAGGUUUUGUUGGUUGAUUUCCCAGUACUAAUAGGAACAAAAUAUUGACAACAACUUAGGUUACUCAUUGCUCAAGCGUUGUUAUUCAUCUGAGAUUGUGUUACUUGUUAUUUUGAUGUGGUUCUUGUGGAACCUAGUUGACAAAAUUUAAUCCCAUUUGUGGUUUUUUAUCCGUUUA